AUGCUGCGGAGCGGGCUCUUGCGGUGCUCUCUUUUAUUCGCGCUGGGCACGAUAGGGAUAUGGGCUAAUGAGGAUGUUGGGGGAGAUCCCGUGUCGGCGUCACUUAAGGUGGCGCAAGUGCCGAGAAGAGGAGAGCCAUUCUUAUGGAAUAAUUACGAACGCGCCGUCGUCGAAAAAGAGAACACAGUCGAAAGACUUAUAGUAGAAAGGAUACCAGACUCAAUAAGGAAGAGUCCACGAGAGCAGGCGGCUCCCACAUUACGAAUCCCCGAACCAACAACACCACCACAAAAGCGCCAGGAUGAUGGCCAAGUCCAGGCGCUUUCCUCACAGCUGCAGUCGCUGUCACAAUCAGCGACUCAAGCUCUGUCGUCCGUCUCGUCGAGCGCGUCUUCGGCCAUGAGCCUUGUAUCUCAAUCCGCCCAGUCUGUCCGGCAGUCCGCCGACCAAGCGGUCCGGUCUGCCAACCAGAACGCCGACGAUGCUAACCGGCAACUAUCGCAGACUCGAUCGUCGGCUUCAAGUGCCGUAUCCGCAGCCACGGCACGCGCGAGCGACGAUUUAUCAAGAUCGCUAUCUAGUAUGAGCAGUCGUAUCUCGUCCAACUUAGCUAGCGCUCAGAGCAGUGCGAGUAAUGCUGUAAGUUCUGCUAAGGCAGAAGCAAGCUCGAGCGCGGCCAAUGCGGUGAAUAUUGCCGCGAGCCAAAUUCAGGAGGCUAGAGCCGACGCCAGCGGCGUAAGAGGCGACGCGAAUUCUAUCGUGACCCAAGUACAAGGCAACUCAAUCUCAGCCACAAACGUUGCCAUAAUAGUCACGGCGUCGGUCAUCGGCACUGCUAUACUUACAACCAUCGUCUCAUGCUUCAUCGUCCGCUAUCGACGCAAGAAGAAGUAUACCCGCGAAGAACUAGCCACGGCAAUUAACACCAAUAACGAAAAACAAUACGAAAGACCAUUUGAAAAACCAAUUGCGGUCCGUGGUACGCCUAAUAGCCCUCGUUUUACGCCGGGUGGCGGUGGAACGGGCUAUCCCAUGGACAAGUUCAAACUUCCGGACCUUACCUUGAGUCCGUUCUUAAGGAAGAAAACUGGGACUGAAGCCAGCCCAAGUGAUAUCGGGUUCGCAAGAAGUAGCAAUAGCCCUAAGGGCGCGGUAACUUCCGCUCCCGCUCCCAACACCAACGACGUCUACGGCGUUUCCCCAACUAGCUUUAGGCUACAAAAAGAAAACAGCAUUAAAAGCGCAACAAGCGUCCGGCUCAUCAGGGUGGGCAGCAGUAAUAAAGGAAAGACAAAGGCAGUAGAGGACGACCAGAGGGCUCUAUUAAGCCCGAUAGCUUCACCGGCGCUUCCCACACCAGUCCCGCCGGUAUCGACGGCUCCAGCGGCGGUAGUCAUACCACCGCAACCCCAACCUCGGGUCCAAUCUAUCCCACCACAAUCACUAGUAGAAAUACAAAUCGCGGAACCAGUACCUAUAGCAACUCGCUCCACCCGGAACACAGAACCAGAAGAACUAACCAUAGAACCACGCAAACGCUCCGGAACAAUGACAAGCCAACAACGCCUGCGCUUCCGCGACAGCAGCGACGUAGAAUCCGCCGAGCCUUCACCGGCCACCUCAUCCUUAACAUCCAUGCGGAACACCAACACAGCUAGUCUGCGCAACGGCGGUGUAUCACCACCACGACGGCCGAAAAACGCAGGGGCUAGUUUCGCUACGUUCCCCCGCGUCCGUGAUGGACCCCCUAGGGGCUCCGCGGCAGAGGCGAUUAUGAAUAGGAGUCGGGCUGGACUAAGCGGUGUUACGGCGCGGUUGCGCGAGGAGGCUGAGCGGAGGAGGCGGGAGACGUUGGAGAUGGGCGGGGGAAGGAGGUCGAGUAAAAGUGAAGCGUAUGCUGCUGCGGAGACUAAGGAGCCGAAUUGGCCUUUUGGGAAUGCAUAG